AGUAGUAAACUGAGAUUUCGAAAGUUCAGCUCGCCAAUAUUAUAUCUAUGCUGAGAAUACUUAAAAGGAGCGUCAGAACUUGCAAUUUAAUUUAAAAUAAGAGGAUGGAAAGGAAAUAUUUGCCUGGUUUUGGUGUCCUGGUGCCUCAUCCCCCCGGCAAACCUCCAGAGCCCAAGCCUCCAGCUCUCAGUCACAGGUGCAAACUCCCUCCAAUCAGAACAUUUUCUGUGAAUGAACAGAAAGGCAUCUACUCAGAUAUCAUCACUACAUUCAAGUUCCAGUCUUGUACAGCAGGACCUGAGAUCCAGCAGAGGUCACAGGGCCAAUCCAGCUUUGAGUUCAGUGCUCUCAAAACAACAAAAGUUACAACCUUCAAAACUCCAACUGACCAGUGCAAGAUUGUUGAAAAGGAUAACCAUGGACCUACAUCACAGCAAUCACAGACUUCUUACUUCUGCAAGGGUGGAGAUGCACCCAAGGUCCAGAUACCCUAUCAAACUGUUCCUGGCCAGAUCCCUCACAAGUUAGAGGUAGAGAGACGUCGAAGGGAAUAUUUGAAGUUAGAUGUUGAACAGCUCCUGGCAGAAAAAGGCAUAUACUCCAAUCUUCUAAUGCCAAGACAUCAGAGCAGUAGUGAUAAGCAUGCAACUAUGACCGACAAUCCUGUAUCACACUACCUCCCCCUGGAGGUAUUUGACAAUGAGGAGUAUGACUGCCGGACUCCAGACGACUGGCUUGCCCUGGGUGAUGCUGAACAAUUACCUUAUCGAAAACCUAUUCCUGCAAAAGCCCUGCUGCCUACAGAUGAAAAGAUUCCUUCUAAGGACCCAAAAAGCUCCUCCCAGGAGUACAACUGGCAUUUAGUUGGGGUUCUUGACUAUAGUAAGAAGAAAUGCCAGUACCUGGUACAGAAAGUUCACCAAAACAGUCAAUUGACAAAUGAGGAACCCAAAAGGAGCAAAUCUACUGGAGUAAAUACCAUGCAAGCAGGCCCUAAGUUCUGGGUACCCAGGAUCAGAUUGGUAUUUAAUGCUGAGGACCCACGAGUCUUUGUCGAACGGAUCCAGUUUGCCCUGCGCUGGAGGGAGAACACAGAAGCUCUGCUUCUCUACCACUUGUCUGUGGACUGCAUGCCCAUCUGGAGGGGAACACCAUCUCUUGAUACCACCAGUUUCCAGCGUAUCAAAAGACACACCCUUUCAGCCCCUGGACUCAGGCUGAAAAUUCUGGAAAAGUGUAUAGAGGAUCUGGAGAAGGAGCUCAAUCUGGAAUUUGAGUGCACAAUGAACCGCAUGAGCUUUGACAAAGUAGUGAGGAGCCACCCAGAGGAGUUUUCACACAUCACCCUGCCACAGAAGGAUCCUCAGUGUGUACCACAAAAAGGGUGUGUUCCAGUUCCUCACUUUGCCUAUAAGAAGACCCAAGCUGCGUUUGUCUUCCGUUCCCUGCUAACAAAGCCAGAGGUGAUCCGUGCAUUAUCUGAAAUAUUGUCUGAGAGCAACAAAGUAGCAACCAUGAGGCUUUUCAAUGUCACCUCAAUCAAAGCACUGCGACUGGACGAGUUUGAAGUCAUCCAGUCCCAAAUGCAUACUCAGAUAAGCUUGUUUCUUAGAGAGGCAUGGAUGGUCACACUGAGCAACAGCAUCCGUGCCAAUCUGGGGAAUAUUGGCCAGGGCUCGUACAACAUGGACGAAUCUCGCUGGGAGAUAUACAAGAUGUCCAAGCUUUACAAACUGAUGGCUGUGGUGCGCUUUAACCUGCAGGACUCCUUGCGCUUCCUUGUGCAGGAUUCGCUGGUCGGCCUGACUCAGCUGAUCUUAAACAGUUGCCACAGUGUGCUGACAUGUCCUCCUGACCUGGCCUGGGGGGGCGACCUUAUCACUAGCCCUUACAAGCCAAAAAAGAACCCUCUGUUCCUGGUGGACUUGGUUCUGGAUCAGACUGGGGUUCAUUACAGCACUCCAUUGGAGAACUUUGAGACAUCUAUCAUUAACCUGUUUGAUAACGCCAUUCUGGCCACGUACAAUGUACCACAGCUUGAUAAGUUUGUGAUGAAGAAUUUGUUCAUCGGUGGCGAUCCGUUGCUCGAGUCAGUGAAUUUGUUUGAACCAAAAGUAACUGAGCUGAGAGGCAAGGUCCGCAAUGCUCUGAUACAAGCAGCCAUACCUCUCAGGGCUUAUGCUGCUGAAUAUGAGAAAUACUUAGAGCUACACAACUUGGACAUAGAAACCCUUCUCAAAUCUCAUAUGCAUGCAGAACAGACAUCCCAAGAAGUGAAGAAAGAGGUGGAACAACUUCUUAAAGACAAGGAAAGGCUCGAGCACUCUCUGCCCACCUCCAUUGUCAUUGGUCCAUUUUUUGUCCGUGUAGAGGUGGUACGUCAGGCUCUCUCUAACAAAAAAAAGGCUUUAGCCAGUGCAAUGCUGGACCACAUUGUUCUGAAGCUACGCAAGCAGGUUGACAAUGCAUGUGAAGAGUGCAACACAAUAAGUAGAAAGCUACGUGAGAAGCCCAACAGCAUUGAGGAACUGGCUGAAAAGAGGGACUUGGCGAAGCAAAUCCCAGAACAGCUCAAGAGUUACAAGGAUCUAAUUGGCAAGACCCUGUCAGACUAUGAGCUAUUAGACGAACUUUGCUACUGUCUUUCAGAUGAGGAUGUUAAAAAAAAGUGGACAGCUAUUCGGUGGCCUCAAAAGAUAAUUGGCCAGAUCGAAGCACUAGCCGUCCAGAAUGUGGAGGAUGAGGAGCGCUUCCAUAAGAUCCAGCUGGUCGACCAGAACAACUUUGAAGAGCACCUAGACUCUUUGCAGAUGCUGGUUGCUGGGUUUGCGGCUCAUGCAGACAUUGAUCAUGCCCAUGAGGUGGUCAACGAGGUCAGGCGUAUAAGCAAGCAACUUAAGGACUGUCAGACAAUGGCUCAAACCUACAACACCAGAGAACGUCUUUUUGGUGUUCCUGUCACUAAUUAUGAUCGGCUGCAGAAGCUGGUAAAGGACUUCCUGCCUUUCAAAGACCUAUGGACCACCACCUCUGAUUGGCUACGUUGGCAUGAGAGCUGGCUCAAUGACCCACUGUCUUCCAUAGACCCUGAGCAGCUUGAGCGCAAUGUUACAGAUGCCCACAAGACCAUGCACAAAUGUAUUAAGCAGUUCAAGGACAUUCCAGACUGCCAGUUGGUGGCAUCUGUAAUCCGCAACAAGAUUGAGGACUUCCGUCCUUACAUUCCUCUGAUUCAGGGCCUGAGGAACCCGGGGAUGAGGAACCGCCACUGGGAGAUGCUUUCAGAACGCAUUGAGAUGAAAGUCAUGCCUAAAGCCAACCUGACCUUCUCCCGCUGCCUGGAGCUUGGCCUACAGAACUACGUGGAUGACAUAGCUCAUGUGGCUGAGGUUGCUGGGAAAGAGUACACCAUUGAACAGGCCCUGGAAAAGAUGGAAAAUGAGUGGUCAACAGUAGUCUUUGAUGUGUUGCCCCAUAAAGAGACAGGCACCUACAUCUUGAAGAGCCCAGAUGAAGCGUCGCAGUUGCUGGAUGACCACAUUGUCAUGACGCAGGGCAUGUCCUUCUCUCCCUUUAAAAAAACCUUUGAGGCCCGUAUCAACACCUGGGAGAGCAAGCUGAGAAUGACUCAAGAUGUGCUGGAUGAGUGGCUGACGUGCCAGCGCUCCUGGCUUUACUUGGAGCCUAUCUUCAGCUCUGAUGAUAUCAUUCAGCAGCUGCCUGUGGAAGGAAAAAGAUACCAGCAAAUGGAUCAAACAUGGAGGAGAGUCAUGAAAAGUGCUUUUAUUAAUCCAACGGUGAUUGAGCUGUGUCCAGAUGCUCGUCUAUUGGACAAGCUGAAACAGUGCAACACACUGUUGGAACAGGUGCAGAAGGGACUUACUGAAUACUUGGAGACAAAACGAAGCUCCUUCCCCAGGUUUUACUUCCUGUCAGAUGAUGAGCUCCUGGAGAUUCUGUCCCAGACUAAAGAUCCUACUGCAGUACAACCGCACUUGCGCAAAUGCUUUGAGAACAUUGCACAGCUUCAAUUCCAGUCAGAUCUAGAGAUCACACAUAUGUAUUCUGGAGAAGGGGAGGAGGUGAAGCUGUACCUGCCAGUGUGGCCUACUGGAAAUGUGGAGAACUGGCUCAGGGAAGUCGAGAAAUCUAUGAAGGCCACGUUGAGGGAUAACAUUGACCGGUCACUUAAAGUCUACCCUGAGCAACCUCGUGCAGAGUGGGUGUUAUCGUGGCCUGGUCAGGUGGUUAUAGCUGGCUGUCAGGUUUUCUGGACUGCUGAGGUGUCUGAGGCCUUGGAGCAGGGAGACUUGGCCAGUCGCCUUUAUCCCCAACUACAGAAACAGCUGAGUGACUUGGUGCAGCUGGUGAGAGGACGUCUGUCUAGGAUGCAACGAGCUGUGCUGUCUGCCCUCAUCGUCAUAGAAGUCCAUGCUAAGGAUGUUGUAGCCAAACUGGUGGAACAGGAGGUCUCAAGCGUCAAUGCCUUUGAGUGGAUCAGCCAGCUCAGAUAUUACUGGGCCAUGGAUGACUUGUACAUCCGUGCAGUGAAUGCUGAGUUUUUGUAUGGAUAUGAGUACCUUGGUAACUCCGGACGUCUGGUCAUUACCCAGCUCACUGACAGAUGCUACCUGACCCUGACAGGAGCUCUACACCUGAAGUUUGGAGGGGCUCCUGCAGGUCCAGCAGGGACAGGAAAGACAGAAACCACUAAAGAUCUGGGAAAGGCCCUGGCUAUCCAAACAGUUGUUUUCAACUGCUCUGAUCAGCUUGACUUCAUUGCUAUGGGCAAGUUUCUUAAAGGACUGGCCAGCUCUGGGGCCUGGGCAUGCUUUGAUGAGUUUAAUCGUAUUGAUGUGGAAGUGCUGUCUGUGGUGGCACAACAGAUCACCACCAUACAAAAGGCCCAGCAGCAAAGGGCAGAGCGGUUUGUGUUUGAGGGGACGGAGAUCCCUCUUGUCCCUUCUUGUGCUGUAUUCAUCACUAUGAAUCCUGGUUACGCUGGACGCACUGAACUGCCUGACAACCUCAAGGCACUGUUUCGUCCUGUGGCCAUGAUGGUACCUAACUAUGCCAUGAUAGCUGAGAUCUCCUUGUACUCGUUUGGCUUCAGUGAUGCCAAAGUCCUUUCUUUGAAGAUCACCACCACUUUCAAGCUCUCCUCUGAACAGCUCAGCUCUCAGGAUCAUUAUGACUUUGGUAUGAGAGCUGUGAAGACUGUGAUCUCAGCUGCUGGAAACCUCAAGAGAGAACAUCCUGACAUGAAUGAGGAGUUGAUCUGUCUGCGCGCCAUUCAAGAUGUCAAUAUACCAAAGUUUUUACAAGACGACCUGAAGCUCUUCAACGGUAUUGUGUCCGAUCUUUUCCCUAAGACAAAACAGGAGCCAAUCAACUAUGGCACACUCGAAGACUCCAUGCGUAAUGUCUGCACCAAGAUGAACCUCAAAGAUGUGGAUGGGUAUAUAAAUAAGUGUAUUCAGCUGUAUGAGACCACUGUGGUGAGACAUGGCCUGAUGUUGGUGGGACCUUCUGGAUCAGGUAAAACCAAGUGUUAUGAGAUACUAGGUGCAGCAAUAACAGCCCUAAAGGGCCAGCCCUCUGUGAGUGGUGGUGUGUAUGAUGAAGUUCAGAUAUACGUCCUCAACCCCAAGUCUAUCACCAUGGGACAGCUCUACGGAGAGUAUGACUUGCUCACACACGAGUGGACAGAUGGUAUCCUCUCAUCUGUUAUCCGUGGAGGUGCAUCAUCCAUGGACCUUGAGAAAAAGUGGUACAUGUUUGAUGGACCAGUGGAUGCUGUAUGGAUUGAGAAUAUGAACACUGUUCUGGAUGACAAUAAAAAACUGUGCCUUAGCUCUGGGGAAAUCAUCAAGCUUACUGAUGUGAUGACCAUGAUGUUUGAGGUGCAAGACUUGGCGGUGGCAUCACCAGCCACAGUGUCUCGCUGCGGUAUGGUCUACCUGGAGCCCAGCAUUCUGGGCCUCGUCCCUUUUACAGAGUGUUGGCUGAAGCAGGUCCCCGAAGCCCUGAAACCGUUCACAGAGCAGCUCAACUCCCUGUUUGCCAGGUUCCUGCAGGACUCCAUCACAUUUGUCCGCACAUCAGUAAAGGAGGUCAUCAUAUCUCUGGACAGCAACCUCACCUGUAGUCUGCUUAAACUUAUGGACUGCUUCUUCAAUCCCUUCAAAAUCAGAGAGGAUGUGAAGCCACCGCCCCAAAAGAAAUUGGAGCGUCUGAAGGAGCUGAUUGAGCCCUGGUUCUUUUUCUCUCUGGUUUGGAGUGUGGGAGCCACAGGAGAUGCAGUCAGCUGUAAGCGCUUCAGUGCCUGGCUCAAGAACAAGAUGGCAGAGGAAAAGAUCCAGUUAUGCUUUCCAGAGGAGGCCAUGGUGUAUGACUACAGGCUUGAUGAUGCAGGGAUAAGUAACUUUGAGGAUGAGGAUGAAGAUGAGGAAAGAAAAGUCCAGUGGGUCAGCUGGAUGAAAUAUGCAAAGAGUGUUGUAAUCACCCCAGAGACAAAUUAUGCUGACAUCAUUGUUCCGACUGCUGACACAGUGAGAAUGUCUUUCCUCAUGGAUAUGCUUUUGACCAAUAAGAAACCUGUGCUCUGUAUUGGGCCAACUGGCACAGGAAAGACCUUGACCAUUUCAGAUAAGCUGUUGAAAAACAUGUCUGCGGAUUACAUCACACACUUCCUCAUGUUUUCUGCCCGCACCUCAGCCAACCAGACUCAAGAUUAUAUUGACAGUAAACUAGACAAACGGCGGAAAGGUGUGUUUGGACCUCCAAUGGGAAAGUAUUUCAUCUUCUUUAUUGAUGACCUAAACAUGCCCCUGUUGGAGACUUACGGUGCUCAGCCUCCUAUUGAACUGCUGAGGCAGUGGAUGGACCACGGAGGCUGGUAUGACAGGAAACAGAUAGGGACAUUCAAGAACAUAGUGGAUAUCAAUUUUGCCUGUGCCAUGGGACCCCCGGGGGGAGGCCGGAACCCCAUCACCCAGCGCUUCACACGCCACUUCAACUUCCUGUCCUUCACUGAAAUGGAAGAUGCCAGCAAGAAACAGAUUUUCUCCACCAUUCUGGGCAGUUGGAUGGAUGGAAAUAUGAGUAAAGACGAACCAGGCAGACCUGUGCCAGCAAUCCAGCCGCUGAAUGAGUCUCUUGUAGACGCUACUAUCCGAGUCUACUCUACGAUUACCUCCCAGCUCCUCCCAACUCCAGCCAAGUCCCAUUACACCUUCAACAUCAGAGACCUGUCCAAAGUCUUCCAGGGCAUCCUCAUGGCUGAGGCUGGAAAGAUAGAGGACAAAUUGCAGCUGCUGCAGCUGUGGUAUCACGAAAAUUGUCGGAUUUUCCAAGACCGCCUGGUGUGUGCCGAGGACAGGGACUGGUUCAUCAGGCUCCUGAAGGACUGCAUUCAGGAGUUCGACUGCAGCUUUGAAGAGGUUGUGCCCUGCCAACCUGUUUUGUAUGGAGAUUUCAUGAUUCCUGGAGCUGACCGCAAAGUCUACACAGUCAUAGAAGACAAGGAACGGGAACACCAGUAUGAUCCUUUAAAUAUUUUGUGGCCCAGUCCUCAUUGUGCAUUUUCCAUAUUCAGGUCAGAAUAUGAGUGUUUCCAGAUUGAGCUAUCUAAGAACUACGGUCAGACAGAGUGGAGAGAAGAUAUUAAAAGCAUCAUGCUGAAGGCCGGCCUUCAGGACCUGCAGAUCACCUUUCUCUUUGUAGACACACAGAUUAAGAGUGAGUCAUUCCUAGAGGAUAUCAACAACAUUUUGAACUCUGGAGAUGUUCCCAACCUGUAUGCCUCAGACGAGCAGGAGCGCAUCCAGGCAGCCAUGAAGCCAGUUGUGCAAGACCUCGGCCAACAGCCAACUAAAGCUAACCUUAUGGCUGCUUACAUCAGGAGGGUCCGCAGCAACAUCCACACUGUACUCUGCAUGAGUCCUAUUGGUGAGGUGUUUCGUGCACGCCUGAGGCAGUUUCCCUCACUUGUGACAUGUUGCACCAUAGACUGGUUCAGUGCCUGGCCAGAGGAGGCUCUGCAGGCUGUGGCCACAUCGUUUCUUAAUGAGCUGCCUGAGCUAGAAGCCAGCCCUACAGUCAUCAGGGGACUGACAUUGAUGUGUGUGAAGAUCCACCAGAUGGUAGCCAGGAUGUGUGAACAGUACUUGGCUGAGCUUUCUCGACACAACUAUGUCACACCCAAGAGCUACCUGGAACUGCUCAAAAUCUUCUCAAAUCUCACUGGACGCAAAAAGCAAGAGCUGUGUGGUGCUCGUCAGCGCAUGAAGACUGGCCUGGACAAGCUUCUAAGCACAGCAGAGGAUGUGAGUAAGAUGCUGGAGGAGCUGGAGACGAUGAGACCUCUUUUGGAGGAGGCCGCUAAGGACACUGAAGUCACUAUGGAGACCAUCAAAAAAGACACAGUGGUUGCAGAGGAGACCCGGAAGUCAGUGCAAGCAGAGGAAGCCAAGGCUUCAGAGAAAGCUCGUUUUGCAGGAGCCAUCGCAGCAGACGCCCAGAGAGAUUUGGAUGAGGCUCUGCCAGCCCUGGAUGCUGCCCUUGCCAGCCUCAAGUCUCUCAACAAGAAUGAUGUCACUGAGGUGCGAGCCAUGCAGCGACCUCCCGCGGGGGUAAAGCUGGUUAUUGAGGCGGUGUGCAUUAUGAAGGGCAUCAAACCGAAAAGGGUACCUGGAGAGAAGCCUGGCUCCAAGAUUGACGAUUACUGGGAACCUGGUAAAGGUCUGCUACAAGACCCUGGAAAGUUUCUGGAAAGCCUCUUCAAGUAUGAUAAGGAAAACAUCCCGGAUAGCGUGAUCAAUAUAGUCCAGCCAUACAUAGAUAAUGAGGAAUUCCAGCCAGCCUCCAUUGCCAAGGUUUCUACAGCCUGUACCUCCAUUUGCCAGUGGGUGCGAGCCAUGCAUAAAUAUCACUUUGUGUCCAAGGCUGUGGGACCUAAAAGGCAAGCUCUCCAGGAGGCCCAGGAGGAUUUAGCUGCGACCCAGCGCAUCCUGGAUGAUGCCAAUGAAAAGCUGGCAGCGGUGGAGGGUGGCAUUGCCACUUUGCAGGCCAAGUACCAGGACUGUGUCGCUAAGAAAAAUGAGCUGGACAACAAGUAUCAACUGUGUGAGGCCCGCCUCGUCCGAGCAGACAAGCUUAUAGGUGGACUGGCAGAUGAGAAGGUGCGUUGGAAGGAAACAGUGCAAAAUCUGGAUUACAUGGUCAAUAAUGUGGCAGGCGAUGUGCUUCUGUGUGCAGGAUACGUAGCAUACCUGGGACCCUUCACUGGAAAGUACAGGACAGCCAUGGCUGAGGAGUGGCUGCAUUGUUUCAAAGAGUUAAGUGUUCCACACACUGACAAACCAAACCUGAUCAACACCCUUGGAGAUCGAGUCAAGAUCCGCUCCUGGCAGAUAUCAGGUUUGCCCAAUGAUAACCUUUCAGUGGAGAACGGUGUGAUUGCUCAGUACUCUCUGCGCUGGGCUUUAUUCAUUGAUCCUCAAGGACAAGCCAACAAGUGGAUCAAAAACAUGGAAAAGGACAAUGCAUUGGAGGUAAUUAAGCUAAGUGACCGGGACUUCCUCCGCAGUCUUGAGAACGCCAUUUGCUUUGGUAAACCCUGCCUCUUGGAGAAUGUAGCAGAGGAGUUAGAUCCUGCUCUAGAACCUGUCUUGUUGCAACAGACAUUUAAGCAGCAAGGCAACACAGUGCUGAAGCUGGGGGAUUCAGUCAUCCCUUACCAGGAAGGCUUCAAGAUGUACAUAACCACCAAGCUGCCUAACCCACACUACUCUCCAGAGGUCUCUACCAAUGUCACCCUCAUUAACUUCACCUUGUCACCAAGUGGUCUAGAGGACCAGUUGCUGGGCCAGGUGGUGGCUGAGGAACGUCCAGACCUGGAGGAGGCCAAGAACCAGCUGAUCAUCAGCAACGCAAAGAUGAAACAGGAACUAAAAGAAAUUGAGGAUGAGAUCCUGUUCCGACUGAGCUCCACAAAGGGGAACCCUGUGGACAAUGAGGAGCUCAUCCAAGUGUUGGGGGCUUCCAAGAUCAAAGCUGGGGAGAUCCAGGCCAAAGUGAUUGCCGCAGAGCAGACAGAGCAGGACAUUGAUGCCACCCGUCUGGAGUAUGUUCCAGUGGCUGUGCGCACACAGAUCCUCUUCUUCUGUGUAUCGGACCUGUCCAGUGUUGACCCUAUGUACCAGUACUCACUGGAGUGGUUCCUUGGCAUCUUCAUGGCUGGCAUUGCCAACUCUGAGAGAGCAGACACAGUGGAGAAGAGAAUCACCAACAUCAAUAAAUUUUUCACCUUCAGCCUGUACAGUAAUGUGUGCCGCAGCUUGUUUGAGAAGCACAAACUCAUGUUCGCCUUUCUCCUGUGCGCUCGCAUUAUGAUGAAUGAGAACAAAAUUGAUCUGGCUGAGUGGCGCUACAUGCUAUCUGGAGGGAUGCCCGUCCAAAGGCUGACCAACCCAGCAGUGAGUUGGCUGUCGGAGCGCGCCUGGCAGGACAUCCUGGGCCUCAGCGCUCUGGACAACUUCAGCAACCUGGCAAAGAGCUUCGUUGAACAUCUGCAGGGUUUCAAGAGGAUUUUUGACAGCAACCAGCCUCACAGGGAGCCUCUCCCAGGAGAUUGGGACACAGAGCUGGACUCAUUCCAGAAGUUGUUGGUCCUGCGCUGUCUGAGGGCUGACAGUCUUGUUCAAGGCCUGCAGGACUUUGUCUCAGCUAAGCUGGGACAACGCUUCAUAGAGCCUCAGACGUCAGACCUGUCUGUGGUCUUCACAGAGUCGUCCCCCUCCACUCCCCUCAUCUUUGUCCUGUCCCCUGGCACUGAUCCUGCUGCUGACCUCUACAAGUUUGCUGAUGUCAUGCAGUUCUCCAAGAAAAUGAAUGCCAUCUCUCUGGGCCAAGGCCAGGGACCCUGGGCUGAGACCCUGAUGCACGCUGCAAUGAAAAGUGGUCAGUGGGUAUUCUUCCAGAACUGUCACUUGGCGCCCAGCUGGAUGCCUGCCCUGGAGAGACUCAUUGAAAACAUUGACCCAGUAAAGGUGCAUAAGGACUUCCGUCUGUGGCUCACAAGUCUUCCCAGCAACAAGUUCCCAGUGUCUAUUCUCCAAAAUGGGUCAAAGAUGACCAUUGAGCCUCCCAAGGGAAUCAAGGCCAAUCUACAGAAAACCUACCUAAGACUCACCAACGAUUUUAUCUCCUCUUCCACCAAGGCAACACACCUCAAGUCUUUGCUCCUGUCUCUGUGUCUCUUCCAUGGAAUUGCUCUGGAGCGAAGGAAAUUUGGCCCACUGGGCUUUAACAUUCCCUAUGAGUUCACCGACGGAGACCUGAACAUCUGCAUCAGCCAACUCAAAAUGUUCCUGGACGAGUACCAGGAUGUCCCUUACAAGGUGCUAACAUACACUGCAGGGGAGAUUAAUUAUGGCGGCCGCGUGACAGAUGACUGGGACAGACGAUGUCUGCUCAGUGUGCUGGAGGAUUUCUACUGUCCUGCUGUGCUUAGUGAUAAUUAUGUCUACUCUUCGUCUGGAGUCUACCGGCAGAUAGACACAAAUCUGGAUAUCAAGGGUUACUUGGCAUACAUUCGUGGUUUGCCCAUCAAUGAUACACCUGACAUCUUUGGUCUCCAUGACAACGCCAACAUCAGCUUUGCCCAGAAUGAGACCUUCGCCCUGCUGGGAGCCGUGCUCCGUCUCCAGCCGCGAGCUGCAUCUGCUGGGGGCAAAUCUCUGGAGGAGAAAGUGGAGGAGAUAGUUGCAGGCAUUGUUGAAAAGAUUCCGCAGCCUUUCAGUGUUCAGGAGGUAAUGGAAAAGUACCCGGUCCGCUAUGAAGAGUCCAUGAACACCGUGCUCAUCCAGGAGGUCAUCAGAUAUAACAAGCUGCUAGAGGUCAUCUCUAAGAGUCUCAGAGAUAUUGUGAAGGCUCUGAAGGGUUUAGUGGUGAUGUCAUCAGAACUGGAGCUUAUGGCCAACAGCCUGUUCAACAACAUGGUGCCCGAUAUGUGGAAAGCCAAGGCAUACCCUUCUCUGAAGCCUUUGGCAUCCUGGGUGUCAGAUCUGCUUCAGAGGAUCGAUUUCCUGCAGAGAUGGAUCCAUUACGGCAUUCCACCUGUUUUCUGGAUUAGCGGCUUCUUUUUCCCCCAGGCUUUUCUCACUGGAACCCUCCAGAAUUACGCCCGUCGCUCCGGCACCUCCAUUGACACAAUUGGAUUUGACUUUGAGGUAAUCGGGAAGUCAGUGUCAGAGAUAACAGAGAAACCAAACACAGGCUGCUACAUCCAGGGUCUAUUCCUGGAGGGGGCUCGCUGGGAUAACCAGGCAGGUCAACUCACAGAUUCCAGGCCCAAGGAGCUCUACACAGAAAUGGCCCUCAUCUGGCUGAUCCCCAAACCCAACCGCAAACCUCCAACCUCUGGGGUCUACAUCUGCCCAAUCUACAAGACCCUCACACGUGCUGGGACUUUGUCUACAACCGGCCAUUCCACCAACUAUGUGAUCUCGGUGGAGCUGCCUACAGAUCACAUUCAGAGACACUGGAUCAAACGGGGAGUCGCCCUCAUCUGUGCACUGGACUACUAAAUACACAUACACACACACACACACACACACACACACACUUUUCAUAUGCAAGGAAAACUUACUUUUUACUGGAUCUUUGUUUUACAGCCCACAGCGAUGAUAAUUGCGUUAUGGUCGCUUAAACAGUAUCAAAUCAAACACAGACACUAUGUCUAUGCACCUUAAGGCUCUUAAAAUGAUCUCACUGAAAUAAGUGUAAUAAACUCUUUUUCACGAUGCCAUAUUAGUGUAAUGAUGCUAUGUAAGAUUAUUUACUUUGAUAUAAUCACUUGGUUAAAGGGAUCCUGCUGCAGUUUUCCACCUACUAUACUGUAGCUUUUUAGGACCCCGUGUAAGUUUCGCUUCAAAUCUACUCUCCUCCUUUACUCCCAUACGCCAACAACCAGCUUAUCUUGUUCUGCACAAUGCUUACUGAACACUGAACUGAAUAUACGUCCUGCUCC